AACCACAAAUCUUCUUUUGAAAGGGAUUGCUUGUUUCCCUCUGCGCACACAGUGCUGUUACAGAUAGGGUGGCUGGGAAUCCAUGCCUGGAGGACCUGUGAUCUUGCUGAUUUCGUGCCCUCUCUGGCAUCCUGUGAAAAAUCUCACAUGACAGUUUUGAGGACGACUGGAUCCCUGCUGGUCAGCUGCUCUGUUCAAAUAAUUCUUCCUUGGAUAUUCCUGGAUGACAGAAAUCCCCAUCGAAACCCCUGUCAGGAGGAGAAGAACAGUGGUGGUCUUUUUUGACAUGAUAUCUGCACAGCAGCCACCAUUCCCCAACAAAAUUCAAAGAGUAAUGGACUGCCCAACUGACGAAGAAGAAACUUGCAAAGAACAGUAUGGUUCUGAAAACUGCACUUGCAGCUCCAACCAUGCAUCAUCAACAGCAGAAUCUGAAUCAGAUUCACCAGUAACUCUUAAAAUACUACAGAGCUGGGCUCCUCGGAUUUCGCACUACUUCGAUAAAGAGCACUACACGUAUGUUGGCCACCAGAUCGUCAUUCAGGAGUCCAUAGAACAUUUUGGAGCUGUGGUAUGGCCAGGGGCACUGGCUUUAUCUCAGUAUCUGGAAUCAAAUCAAGAACAAUUCAACCUCAAAGACAAAAAAGUUUUGGAAAUUGGUGCCGGAACAGGCUUAGUUUCCAUUGUGGCCUGUAUCUUAGGAGCUUAUGUUACGGCUACUGAUUUGCCUGAAGUUCUUGAAAAUCUCUCAUAUAAUAUUUCAAAAAAUACACAAAACAUGAAUAUGCACAAACCUGAAGUGAGAAAACUGGUAUGGGGAGAAGGCCUCAAUGAAGACUUUCCUCUAUCCAUUUGCCAUUAUGAUUUCAUACUGGCAAGUGAUGUUGUAUAUCAUCAUGCAGCUUUGGAAGAUCUGCUAGCAACAAUGGUGUAUUUUUGUAAGCCAGGAACAGUAUUACUAUGGGCAAAUAAAUUCAGAUUCACUGCAGACUAUGAAUUUUUGGAAAAACUCAGCAAUAUAUUUAACACAACGAUUCUAGCAGAAUUUCCAGAAUCAAAUGUCAAGCUGCUUAAAGUUACAGUAAGAGAGAAUUAAAGAGAAAACUAUUCCUAAGUUUGACUUAGUGUCAGCACGUCACAGUUUGGAAUGCUUUGCAGCAUUAGGGUGCAUCUUCUGUGCAUUUAUGUUUGUAAAGCUGCAAUUGUAUCCAAGUGUUGCAUUUUAAGUUAUGAAAAAACUGGCAAGAAAAAUGAUAAAGCAGCUUGUCUCUGGUUGAUACAUGUGACUUGUUCAAACAGACCAAUUUCACUCCACUGAAGGAACAGUAUUAGUAGCAACCAUUAGUAAAGUCUUUAACAGAGAGCAUUGAUCUUCUGGGAUGCAUUGAACUUCAGUUGUUUGUAUGGUGUUUUCUUCCAGCAAGUUUCAUUUAUAUACUCUUUCAGAAACCAAUGCAAUUUAUAGCUUUAUAAUUUGUUUUUAUUAAUUAUAAAAGAAUCUUUUAAAGUA